AAGCUCCCUUUCAGAUAGGAAUCUGGGACAGAUUUUGCCAACAGCCAGAAGCGCGGGGCCCUUUGGUAAUAAAAUAGCCCAUGUAAUUUGACACUUCAACUUGCUGGGCUUCUCUUGCGAGUUGAUUCACUUUUAUUCUUUCUACUAACACGGUGCUCUUUUUUUUUUUUUUUUUCCUUCCCCUUUUGGCUGGGUUGAAGGUUUGGGGUCGGUGGUGUGUCUUUUUUUUUUUUUUUUUUAAAUCCUGGUUUAUUUUUAUUUGAUAUUUGAUGAUUAUUAUUUUCUCUCUUCGCCGCCCGCACCCCCCCUCCCCUCUCUCUCUCUCGCGUCCCCCGGAAAAAGCAAGGGAAUAAGCGCGAUUGAAAAGAGAGAGAGAGACAGAGAGAGAGAGAGACAUACACAAAACUUCACCCUUCCUCGAGCUGCCGGACCGCGACCUGCAAGCCGCAGGGCGAGGGGGCAAAAAAAAAAAGGGGGGGGGGUGUUGAAAAACGACAAUAUUGGGGUUUUUUUUUUUUGUUUUUUUUUUAAAUUCUUUUCCAUGCCGCUUCUCCUUUUGGCCUUUUGGAUGCUUGCCUUGCUUCCCGCCGGCUUCCCUAUGCGUUUUGCCCGCCGGCCGCCCCAGCUGCUCGGUUUCUCCAGCGCCGAGCCCUAGGAACGACCUUGAUGACUGCCGGAACUGUUCUGGGCUCCCACCUCCUCCUCCUCUCUCUGUUUGUUAAGAGCUCCUGCGUGUUAAUUGACGUUGGCCUCUUCCAAGAGUUAAAAGAAAGCAUCUGAGGAGCUUAUUGUACACGAUCGCAUUUGCCUUUGUUAACAACAAGCAAGUGGGAGAGAUAACUCAAACCAGCAAUUUUACUCCUAAAUGGAAAAUAGACCCUGUUAUGUGAAGUCUCAGAAGGUGUAGGUGGUACAGCUCCCGGAGAGGAGAUGCUUAUGAGACACUCAGCUUGAGGGAUUUUAAUGGCUUUCAGGUAGAACUGAAGUGGAGACAAUCGCAAUGAAUUCUAUGGACAGACACAUACAGCAAACUAAUGACCGACUGCAGUGCAUAAAACAGCAUUUACAGAAUCCUGCCAAUUUCCACAAUGCAGCUACUGAACUCCUGGACUGGUGUGGCGAUCCAAGAGCUUUCCAAAGGCCCUUCGAACAGAGUCUUAUGGGCUGUUUGACGGUUGUUAGCAGAGUGGCAGCACAACAGGGCUUUGACCUGGACCUUGGAUAUCGGUUACUAGCUGUUUGCGCAGCCAACAGGGACAAGUUCACACCAAAAUCAGCUGCGCUGCUUUCAUCGUGGUGUGAAGAACUUGGACGACUCUUGUUGCUACGUCAUCAGAAAAGCCGGCAAAACGACCCUCCGGGGAAGCUGCCCAUGCAAGCACCCAUGAACUCCAUGAAACCUUCCCUUUCGCAUAGGUGCAUAUGUGACGGCUGCCACCUUGACAGACCCCAGAGAUUGAAACGGGGACCUCCAGAGCUGAAAGCUGAUGGAUCAUUUCCUUACGACUCUGUUCCUUGGCAACAAAACAGUAACCAACCGCCAGGUUCCCUAUCGGUGGUCACGACAGUAUGGGGUGUGACUAACACAUCACAGAGCCAGGUGCUGGGAAAUCCCAUGGCCAACGCCAACACUGCUAUGAACCCAGCAGGCAACCCCAUGGCUUCUGGGAUGACGGCCAGCAAUCCUGGCAUGAAUUCCCCUCAGUUUGCCGGACAGCAACCGCCCUUCUCGGCCAAGGCCAGCUCCAAUCAGUCCUACAUUCAACAAAGCAUGUACGGACGGCCCAACUAUCCAGGCAGUGGAGGCUUUGCGGGAAGCUAUCCAGGAGGUCCUAAUAACCCUGCGGGAAUGGGGAUGCCGCCGCACACCCGACCCCCUGCUGAUUUCACUCAACCAGCUGCUGCUGCCGCCGCCGCUGCUGUCGCCGCCGCCGCCGCCACUGCCACAGCUACAGCUACCGCAACCGUUGCAGCACUGCAAGAAACCCAAAACAAAGACAUGAAUCAAUACGGACCGGUUUGUUCCUCUUUCCAGAUGGGUCCGGCACAGCCUUACAACAGCCAGUUCAUCAACCAGCCUGGCCCUCGCGGUCCCGCUUCCAUGCCAGCCAACCUGAACCCGGCAUCCAUGGGGGCAAGCAUGACGCCUUCCAAUAUGAGCGGGCCACCCAUGGGCAUGAGCCAGGCCAGACCUCCAGGAAUGAGCCCUUUCAGCCAUGGGCAGAGGAUGCCCCAGCAAGCUUACCCUGGUCCACGUCCCCAGUCGUUACCCAUGCAAGGCAUGAAGAGGACAUAUCCUGGAGAGCCAAAUUACGGAAACCAGCAGUACGGACCAAAUAACCAGUUCCCAUCCCAGCCUGGCCAGUAUCCUGCUCCCAAUGCUCCAAGACCCCUGACGUCGCCCAACUACCCAGCACAGAGAAUGCCAAACCAGCAAAACACGGGGCAGUAUCCCGCCCCAGCCGUUAACAUGGGGCAAUAUUACAAGCCAUCCAGGCCUCUUCCUGUAGCAAAUUACCCUCACUCACCUGUUCCAGGAAAUCCUACACCACCUAUGACUCCCGGCAGCAAUAUGCCACCCUACCUGUCUCCUAAUCAAGAUGUCAAGCCGCCUUUCCCGCCAGACAUUAAGCCAAAUAUCAAUGCUCUACCACCACCUCCAACCAGCCAUAAUGACGAGCUGCGCCUGACGUUCCCCGUGCGAGAUGGGGUUGUCUUAGAGCCCUUCCGGUUGGAGCACAACCUGGCGGUCAGCAAUCACGUCUUUCACCUGCGGCCGACCGUCCAUCAGACCCUCAUGUGGAGAUCAGACUUGGAGUUACAAUUCAAAUGUUAUCACCAUGAAGACCGGCAAAUGAACACUAACUGGCCAGCAUCGGUCCAGGUCAGCGUCAACGCAACUCCACUCACCAUUGAACGGGGUGACAAUAAGACGUCGCAUAAACCUCUGCACCUCAAGCACGUCUGCCAGCCAGGAAGAAAUACAAUUCAAAUCACUGUCACGGCAUGCUGUUGUUCCCAUUUGUUUGUUCUGCAGUUAGUACACCGGCCUUCGGUCCGUUCUGUUCUUCAGGGCCUCUUAAAGAAACGCCUGCUUCCGGCUGAACACUGUAUCACCAAAAUCAAGAGAAAUUUUAGCAGCGUGGCCGCCUCUUCGGGCAAUGCUCCUCUCAACGGAGAAGACGGUGUGGAGCAGACAGCCAUCAAAGUCUCUCUUAAAUGUCCCAUCACAUUCCGGCGAAUCCAGCUUCCAGCAAGAGGCCACGAUUGCAAGCACGUACAGUGUUUUGAUCUGGAAUCCUACCUCCAGCUGAACUGUGAACGAGGCACCUGGAGAUGCCCCGUAUGCAAUAAAACAGCUCUGCUGGAGGGCCUGGAGGUGGAUCAAUACAUGUGGGGCAUUUUGAACGCUAUACAAAACUCUGAGUUUGAAGAAGUCACAAUUGACCCAACAUGCAGCUGGAGACCUGUCCCAAUCAAGUCAGACAUUCACAUCAAGGAUGAUCCAGAUGGUAUUCCUUCCAAAAGGUUCAAAACCAUGAGUCCCAGCCAGAUGAUCAUGCCUAACGUGAUGGAGAUGAUUGCUGCCCUGGGUCCAGGUCCAUCUCCCUACCCAUCAAUCCCACCACCUCCCGGAGGAACCAAUUCCAAUGAAUACAGUAGCCAAGGUAACAGUUACCAAGGCCACAGCAAUUUUGAUUUUCCCCACGGGAAUCCCGGUGGGACAUCUAUGAACGACUUCAUGCAUGGUCCCCAGUUGUCACACCCACCGGAUAUGGCCAGCAACAUGGCAGCGCUUGAUAAACCCUUAAGUCAUCCCAUGCAGGAACCUAUCCCUCAUCCUGGCAACACUGAUCAAUCCCAUAGCUCCAUGCCUCAAGGUUUGCACGUCCCUCAUCCCAGCAGCCAGUCAGGGCAGCCAUUACAUCACAGUGGUCCCCCGACUCAGCCAUCCCGGCAGCCGACCCAGGCCGCUUCUAGCAACCAUCCUCACACCGAUAUGGCUUUUAACCCCUCGACAGCUUUAGAAGCUCAACCUGGUGGGCAGGGGACAUCUGACAUGCCGGAACCUUCGCUGGAUCUACUUCCCGAGCUCACAAACCCCGACGAGUUACUUUCCUAUUUGGAUCCUCCUGACUUACCAAGCAAUAGCAACGAUGACCUUCUCUCUCUUUUUGAGAACAACUGAAGCCUUCUUCAUUUCACUCCCAACAUACCUUCCUCCCGUUUGACACAUCCGUAGCUUCACAGCGAGGAAUCGCGAGUAACUCUUUCCCACGAGGUCAAGCUCGCCGCUCGAGCGUUACAGCAGCACACACACACUCCUUCCCGUCUUCACCUCGGACCUGCUUGAGUCCCACGUUUGGGCGGUGGCAGUGAAGAGAAGCAAGAGGACAAUCUGAGGAUUAACCUCUUAGACUGCCUGGCCACAUCCCAGACCAUUGUGGGAAAAAAACCUCACACUCUUCGGGCUGGUUCGCAGACCGAAAGAGUGGAUGACUUGUUGGGAUAUCUAGCAAGGAACAUCCCAGCCACUCUCAGCAAGGAAAGAAAGCAAAGGGCAACAGGUCCAUCCUUGACCAGUUUCAGAGUGUCUUUCCAACCGGUGUUCUUCCAUCCAUGCGUUUCCUUCCUUUGGCUGUAAUGUCUGUUCCACUCGGUCCUCUCCAAGUUAUGCAGAUUCCAGUCUACCUGUCGGACGAAAUAAGGACAACCGUUGGCAGCACAGUUCAGACUCGGAACUCGAAAAAUACCAAAAAGCACAAAGAAAUCAGUCAUGUCACAAGUAUGGUACACAUACAACACGUGUCAGAGGGAGACAUCAGACAGUGGGGCUUUUCCUCCCACCCCAUGGUCCUGUGAAAUCUCCAAGUUGUGGCAAGCAUGGGGGUUUUUUUCCUAGUCAAUUGUAGCAUCUUUGAUUUGAUUUAAUCACUCUUGUGGGCAGAACAACUCUUUCCCUUUACACAACGUGUUGUGGUCCGACGUCUCGUGUUUUGUUUUGUUUUUUCCGAUAAACGCUUUCUCUCCAUUGAUUGUCUUUUUUGGGUAAUUGAAUGGCCAGUCCCUGGAAAAAAAAGGAAAAGGACAGAAAAAUGGGAAAAAGGCGAGAACCUUUUUUUUUUUUGCAUAGGAAAUAAGAAAACCCUGCAAAACAUUAGCCGUGAGAACGUUCUCUUUUCUUUACUCGGGCAGUUUAAAAAAAUGCUCGGUUCCUACCGAAAACAGGAAAGGGGAAGGGACAGGAAAUAAAGGCCACCUAGCAAAGCGACGGAAAAGGUUCAAAGUCAAGAUGGCCACCAUAACCAGGUGAUCGAAACUCUACUCCCUUUUUAACCUGCAGGGUGCGGAAUGGGACAACUCACCACAGCCAACCCACCCACCACAGGACAACUUGUUGCAGGACCGUUCAAUAAUUCAAUUGGAAGCAUUUAAAAUAAUUUUUUAAAAAAAAAAAUUAUAAUUUUUUGUCAUUCACAUUUCAUGUUAUCCCUCCUUGGGCAUCUUUUCCUUUAAUGAUUCUGUUCCACCAUUUCUUCGAUAUUAGUGUAACUCUUGUCCCGUGGAGAAUUGUCUCGCAGUGAGUUGGCCAUCACGUGCUAAAAGCGGUGGGAGCGCGGGGUGCGUGUGUCAUGCACAUGUGUGCCCACACCCGUAAUUCAAUGUGCCCUGCCCCCCGCACAUGUGCACGCGACCCCCCCCCUGCGCUCCCCCUUGCUUUUGGCACGUGAUGGCAUGGUGGGCCUGUAGGACCGUUUUUUGCCAAUUUCUGGUGGGCCCUGAAGGCCUGUUUUUCACUCUCCCCAGGCUCCAGAGCUUUUCUAGAAGCCUGGGGAGGGUGAAAACGGCCUUCCUCAGCUUCCCGGAGGCCAGAAACGGCCCGUUUCCUGACUUCCGGUGGGUCCAGAAGGCCUGAAAAUCAGCUGGCCAGCUCAUGCAUGCGCACCAUAGCUGAGCUAAGACAACGCUCAUAUGCCCACCGAUAUGGCUCAGCGUGCUACCUGUGGCACGCGUGCCAUAGGUUUGCCAUCACGGUCCUAGACCCUACAGGGUGGAAGCAGGAUAAUAAGUUGUUGUUUUUUUUAAGUGGUAGGUUUCCAUUACAUCACAGCUAAAAUCUUGACUGUUUUGUCUGACCAGAUGUCCCUGUCCACUUAAUCCAAAUCAAGGAUUUGAGGAAUUGAAACAGGCGUUUAUAUUCAGAGAAACACCAAAUAACCCUAAGUGCUUUCCAGGCUGUGUUGUCAUUCAUCCUUUUGAUCUUGUGUUUUAUCAUUUUACCUGACAGCACCUCUCCCUCUUUUUUCUCUUUCUUUCUUUCUUUCUUUCUUUCUUUCUUUCUUUCUUUCUUUCUUUCUUUCUUCUUCAUUUUUUUUAAAUGUAGAUUUCUAAGGAUAUUGGGCGCGAGGAAAAAAUUAAGUCAUUCUGCUGCAAUUUUCCUGCCAAUUCCCAUGCCGAAUGCUUCACUGUAUUUAUGGUUCUCCCUCAGUUGCUUCCUUCCUGCAUGAGCUUCCAGUCACUUCUGAGCCCACUCUUGUGCUGUCGUCCUCUUUUUAUAAAUUAUGUACAGUAAACUAUGUGUUUAAGAAAGUGCAUGUGUGCCAACUCUGCUCUGUCGCGGGCCAACAUUUCAACAUCUACUUUCUGUGUACAGAUAUUGCUUUCCUUCCUUCCUUCCUUCCUUCCUUCCUUCCUUCCUUCCUUCCUUCCUUCCUUCCUUCCUCUAAUUCCUUUGUCACUUCCUCUCCUUUCCUUUGUCAUAGGCUUAAUAAAUAAAUUUUCCUUCCUUUCUGCCUCUCCUCUUUCCUGACUCCUUCCUUCCUUCCUUCCUUCCCUCCCUCCCUUCUUCUUUCCUCAAUCUCCUACAUCCCUUUCUCCUUUCCCUUGCUAUUGGCUAAAUAAAUAAAUCUCUUUUUUCCUUCCUUCCUCUCUCUAAUUCCUUCCUUCCUCUCCUCUUCCUGACUCUUCCCUUCCUUCCCUCCCUGCCUUCUUCCUUCCUCAAUCUCCUACAUCCCUUUCUCCUUUCCCUUGCCAUAGACUAAAUAAAUCUCUUUUUCCUUCCUUCCUUCCUUCCUUCCUUCCUUCCUUCCUUCCUUCCUUCCCUCUCUCUAACUCGUCCCUCCCUCCCUCCUCAAUCUUUUUCAUCCCUUCCUCUCUUUUCUUUCCCUUGCCAUAGGCUAAAUAAAUAAAUCUCCUUUUCUUCCUUCCUUCCUUCCUCUCCUCUCUCUAAUUCCUCCCUCCCUUCCAUCUUAAAAAAAUCACAAUUGCUCCCUUCCUUGUCCAGAAUCAACAGAAGGCUGUCAGAUCUAGGCCAGGGAUUCUCUGGCUUGUUGGUUUCCAUGUGUAAGUUCUGUCAUCAUCUUCUCAAUGAAUGGCAUGAAAAAAGAAAAACUGUGCAUCCAUCCUGCGUUUGUUCUCUCCGCUGAAGUCAGGCUUGUAAAUUCUUGGAGCAUUUGUUCUACCGCCACUGCUGUAUAUGCAGAUUGAGAUAUAUAUGCACAUAGAUAUAGAUAUCUCUAUAUCUCUCCUUUUAUAUAUAUAGAUAUAUAGAUAUGUGCUAACCCACAGCAUCUUGCUGUCGCUAAACAGGAAAUGGCAGUUUUAGUUCCUUUAUUCUUUUCCAACUUUUAAAAAAAUAUUUUACGCAGACCUGUUCUUACGUUUUACUUUUGCUCCAGUUCUCUCUCUCUCCUCCUCUCUCUCCUACCUCUCUCCCUCUCUCUAUCUCUCUCGUUUUAAAAAAAAAAAAAGCGCUGUUCAUUAUGCGAAAUCAAUUAUUUUAAGAAACAAUAUUGUAAAUAUCUUUUGUGAAUAUUUUAGUCUUGUCAUUGAUUAUAAUAGCCAAGACUUUUUUUAACUUGUGUUUUUAAAAUACAUAAGAGGGAAUGGCCUUUUCCUUUCUUUCCUUCCUUCCUUCCUUUCCUUCCUUCCUUCCUUCCUUCCUCUAAUUCCUUUGUCACUUCCUCUCCUUUCCUUUAUCAUAGGCUUAAUAAAUAAAUUUUCCUUCCUUUCUGCCUCUCCUCUUCCUGACUCCUUCCUUCCUUCCUUCCUUCCCUCCCUCCCUCCGUUCUUCUUUCCUCAAUCUCCUACAUCCCUUUCUCCUUUCCCUUGCUAUUGGCUAAAUAAAUAAAUCUCUUUUUCCUUCCUUCCUCUCUCUAAUUCCUUCCUUCCUCUCCUCUUCCUGACUCUUUCCUUCCUUCCCUCCCUGCCUUCUUCCUUCCUCAAUCUCCUACAUCCCUUUCUCCUUUCCCUUGCCAUAGACUAAAUAAAUAAAUCUCUUUUUCCUUCCUUCCUUCCUUCCUUCCUUCCUUCCUUCCUUCCUUCCUUCCUUCCUUCCUUCCUCUCCUCUCUCUAACUCGUCCCCCUCCCUCCUCAAUCUUUUUCAUCCCGUCCUCUCUUUUCUUUCCCUUGACAUAGGCUAAAUAAAUAAAUCUCCUUUUCUUCCUUCCUUCCUCUCCUCUCUCUAAUUCCUCCCUCCCUUCCAUCUUAAAAAAAAUCACAAUUGCUCCCUUCCUUGUCCAGAAUCAACAGAAGGCUGUCAGAUCUAGGCCAGGGAUUCUCUGGCUUGUUGGUUUCCAUGUGUAAAUUCUGUCAUCAUCUUCUCAAUGAUGGCAUGAAAAAAGAAAAACUGUGCAUCCAUCCUGCGUUUGUUCUCUCCGCUGAAGUCAGGCUUGUAAAUUCUUGGAGCAUUUGUUCUACCGCCACUGCUGUAUAUGCAGAUUGAGAUAUAUAUGCACAUAGAUAUAGAUAUCUCUAUAUCUCUCCUUUUAUAUAUAUAGAUAUAUAGAUAUGUGCUAACCCACAGCAUCUUGCUGUCGCUAAACAGGAAAUGGCAGUUUUAGUUCCUUUAUUCUUUUCCAACUUUUAAAAAAAUAUUUUACGCAGACCUGUUCUUACGUUUUACUUUUGCUCCAGUUCUCUCUCUCUCCUCCCCUCUCUCCCCACCUCUCUCCCUCUCUCUCUCUCUCGUUUUAAAAAAGAAAAAAGCGCUGUUCAUUAUGCGAAAUCAAUUAUUUUAAGAAACAAUAUUGUAAAUAUCUUUUGUGAAUAUUUUAGCCUUGUCAUUGAUUAUAAUAGCCAACACUUUUUUUAACUUGUGUUUUUAAAAUACAUAAGAGGGAAUGGCCUUUUCCUUUCUUUCCUUCCUUCCUUCCUUCCUUCCUUCCUUCCUUCCUUCCUUCCUUCCUUCCUUCCUUUCUUCUUCUUCUUCUUCUUCUUCUUCUUCUUCUUCUUCUUCUUCUUCUUCUUCUUCUUCUUCUUCUUCUUCUUCUUCUUCUUCUUCUUCUUCUCCUUCUCCUUCUCCUUCUCCUUCUUCUUCUUCUUCUUCUUCUUCUUCUUCUUUUGCUUUCUUUCUCCCCUCCAUCCCCAGUUAAAAGUUCUUGAACUAAGGGAGCAUUUAAUUUUCUUUCUUUCUUUCUUUUUUAAUAUAAAUUAGCCCCUAUCUGUUUGAAAAUCCAUAUCAUCCAUCAGUCCCAUGUGAUAAGGGGCCACACACUCACACACAAAAGAGCAAGAAUUAUGACUGUCACCUGCUUUAUAGACAUAUAUUUUAUUAUUAUUAUUUUUAAAGAUCCUUUUUAAAAUACAUCUGAGAAUUAUGCUUUAUCCACACCUAGGAGAGAAGAAAAGGGGGAGCAGGAUAAACCCUGAUAUCUGAUAUACAUUACAGUGCUUGGGGCUGUAGAUGACAAAUCAUGAAGAUAGAAGUGCGGGAGGUAUUUCUUUUUUAAAAAAUAUAAGAUAUUUCCUCAAAUUUAUCCAUCCUUAUUUGUGAUCACUGAACAUCAGGCACAGCUAUGUCUGGUUGCCCAAAACAAGCUAAAAAAAUUGCCAUUUUUUUAUGUCAGUCAGAAGACACUGAGUGUCUUCAGCUUAAUGGAUGCAAUUUGUUGGAGGCCAAUCUUAAACCAUAGACAGUGUUGUGUAAUUCUUCAAAAUGGCCCCUUUAUUAUUAAGCACAUAUCUGUUCCAACAAGUGCUUGCAUUCGUUUGCUUUUUUUUAACCCUUCUUGCUUUUCCACGUAACUGAAACCAAAUUAUUUUAAAGCAGGUGUGUUGAAGGAAGGGUUUGGCUCAUAGGGAUUUAGAUAAAAGCCUCUAAAAAGUUACUAUUAUUAUUAUUACUAUUUUUUGGAAGCAUGAUAGGAGGGAAAACAUCUACAACUGAGGCAAUUGUUGGUAUGAGGCUUCCCAUUAUUUGAAGGUUUAUUAUUUCCUCAAAUAACAGAAAUUCAAUCUGCAUUGGGGGCAGGGUUCAACGAGUUAUGUUGCUUUGGUCUGCAAAAAAAGGAGAAGCCUAUUUAUUGAAAACACGGAAUCUCUGCGGCUAAAUUGAUGGAUAGGAUACGGAUUUGAUUGAAAGAGCGCGCUUUGCAAAAAAAAAAUCAGCCUAGAAAGCCCUGCAACUUAACACACACAAACGCACAAACACAAACCCACAAAUAGACACCAAUGAUUCAUCAGCAAUAUUGUAUUGCUUUAGGCCUGGGGGGGGAGAUAAAAUAAAUAAAUAAAUAAAUUACACUGCCAUCCUGUUAAAAUACAGAGAAUAUCUGCUAAAACAGUGUGGAGUUAAGUCCUCAAAAGUCAGUCCUGUUAACAUUCAGUGCAACUUUGAAGAAAUAUAAGUUAUGGCCUUAAUGAGGGUUGCUUUUGUGUGUGUGUGUUGAAAAGCAAAUUUAUAUAGUGUUUUGAGUUUUUUUUUUUCCCCCCACACACACACAAUUUGUUGUUUUAGGGGCAUUUUGUUUGAGUUUUCAACUUUUUUAAAUUUUCCCAAUAGUUGGAAAAGCAUACACAAAGAUUUAUAGCUCUACUGCCAAGGCAUUGUUGUUGUUAUUGUUGUUAUUGUUAUUAUAGGAUGAUAACACACACACACAGACACACACAGAGACACAACACACACACACACACACACACACACACACACACACACUAAUGUUUGCAGUGGAGACUCCAAGGGACAUCUGUACAUAUGUAAAUGGGAAAUAGAGACAUGUUAACAGAAAUGCAUUCAUUUUCCUUGGAUUGUGUAUUGUUUUUAUUUUACAGGAAAAAAAAAAAAGCUUGAAGAACCAUCUUAUCUGGGAAAUGAAUCCUGUUCGUUAGCGUUUGUGAAGUCUCCACCUUUGUUUCAUUUCUUGUAAUAUACUCUGAAUCUUUUGUGGGGAAAAAUUGCUUUUGUUUUGUUUUUUGUUUUACCUUCAUGUAAUAAUUAGCUUCAGUGUAUUAGUCUUUAUCACCUGUGUAUUUUUAGGGUGCUACGGAAAAAAAAUGAAGAAAAUAAGGGGAUUAAAUAAUAAUAAUAAUAAUAAAAAAGAUUGUAACCAAAUUCAUACUUUGUACAAUUUUUUGAUAUUGUGAUCCGAACGAGAAUAAAAAAAGUACAAUCUGAAUUAACAUGCAAAAAUGGCCAUUUGUCUUUGUUUGUACAUUGUAUGUACAGUACAACUCCAGUCAUUUCAUACUUUAAAACUGGUCAGAAAAAAAAAAAAAGAAUUGUGAUUUUUAGUCUUGCAAAAAUUGUAUGUAGUUAGAUGAUGUGACAAACCUAAUAUUUAUCUAAUAAAUAUGUAUUCGAAUGAAACCUGUAUAUUAGGUGUUCAUGUCGUUAUUUUGUAUUUAAAAAUCAGAUUGAUUAUUGCUAGACGUUUAUAUAUACUUUCUUGUAACACUGAAAGUACGCUCAUUUUUGCUCAUGUUACUUUUCUUUUCCUAAAUAAAUUUGGAAAAAAUUA